CUUGUCAUAUUGACAUAAUGUUAAAAGCAACAGACAGGUCAAUACACUUACAAGCACCAUACUAUACUUCAAUUAACGAAAGUUGUUCACCUUCCCACGGAGAGAAUCCACUUAUAAAGUCUUUUUUAACACAUCCAGAGGGCGGAAGAUUUUUAAGUUGCACUUCAGAAGAACAAAUUCAAGACGAAUGGAAUCUUAAUUUGUCAUGAACUUGAGUUGGUGGACGCAUUGUUCUAAUUACAUCCGAGGCAUGCGCGGGUUUACGCCAAGCGUCAGCUGACGUCUAUCUGUGAACAUUACUUAUCUGCACUUCAACAGUGCAAAGGCUUUUUCCGCUCUUGUACGGCAGACAGGAUAAAACAAGAAGGAUAGCGGUCUCAUGGAUGAGUUAACCCGUAUUCCAUUUAAUGUGGCAAAAUGUUUUAUCAAUUAGGUAAUCUGACGUGUCCUGAUGAUAAUGCACCUGAGCCACUUUUGUCGCGAAAAGGAAACUGGUUUUCAAUCGCAUCUGUAUUAAGAAGCCUUUAUGUAAGUCUCUUCAGUUGAUUUAGAUGUAAGAAGGCUUCGAUCUUGUCGUUAUUUUAAAAGACAAUUACGUGAUUUCAGCAAACUGACUUGGUUAAGUGUCUCCAGCUAAGGUUGCCGUAAUGUUACACAUCUGGAUUGUCUACUGCCUUUUCGGUUGCCUUUUUGGUACUGUUACAGUGACUGGCGAGGAAACGAAACCUGCCGCAAAAGAUUAUUUAGUAACUGUAGAGCUAGACGAGGAUACCAAGCAUUAUAAGAUGGUACCAGACGAAUGUGUACCAAACAGAGUAAGUCAGGAAGAGAAGCUAAUCAAGGAUAUGUUUGAGGAUUACGACAGUAGAUCCAGACCAAAGCUGAAUUCAUCGGAAAGAGUAGAAGUCAAGGUCAAAUUUGUUUUAAUGCAGUUGAACAGUCUGGACGAAAAAAUACAGAUUUUAGCCACAUCGGGCUGGAUGGAAGUGGAAUGGCAAGAUGAGAGAUUAACUUGGUCUCCGGAGGAUUAUGGGAACCUGACAUCCGUCGUGGUGUCCUCACAGUUGCUAUGGCUACCAGAUAUAGCCCUUCAAAACAGUGCUUCCGAAAUCUACCAUUCCUCAUUCCAAGACAGCAAAUUCCGAAUAUCUAUUUGGAACACGGGGAACAUUUUAUGGAUACCGGGAGGUAAAUUCUUCACAAACUGUGAAUUAGACAUCACUUAUUUCCCCUUUGACGACCAGAAGUGCAUGUUGCAUUUCACAAACUGGGCAUACACAGGAUUACAAGUCAACCUAACCAAUUCUGUAUCCGUCAUUCCCCUCGAUAACUACAAACUUAAUGGAGAGUGGGACAUAGUGAAGACCAAGGCCACGAGAGAGGAUGUCUUUUUCUACUGCUGCCCAGAGGUGCCAUACCCCGCCGUGUAUUUUACCAUCUAUAUGAGACGCAAGUUCCUGUAUCACCUGACAAACAUAGUGACCCCCUGCCUUAUGCUGUCUAUACUGGUGGCGGUAGUGUUUUGUUUACCCCCAGAUGACGGUGAGAAGAUUGCACUGGGCAUUACUGUGCUCCUGUCAUUCUCAGUCUUCUUGUUGUUGAUUGCAGAAAGCAUGCCUAGGAUAUCCGAGUCCGUACCAGUAAUCAGUAUUUAUUUAACAAUCUUCAUGGCAAUGACCACAGUGUGCAUCUUCUGGACGGUCUUGGUCCUGAAUCUCCAUCACCGCACCACUGUAACACCAGUGCCCAAAUGGUUGCGAGUGAUCCUCUUCAACUGCCUGGCCCGCAUGUUGUGCAUGAGGAGUGCAGUUCCCGACUACGAGAAGAAGCACCAUCCCGAGGAAAACAGCGUCAACAACGACGAACAGUUGACGCGAUUAACGCGCUCUGAUCACGUCGGAAUGCGCCUUAGCAAACGGGGGCGAGGAUCGUUCACAGGGGACAUGUCUCCUUGUCGAUGUAUCACCACAAAUCAUAACGGAGAAGCGAAUAAGGACUUAGAGAAAUCGUACUCAAACCGAUUACUUGAGGAGGUAGUUGAUCACCUACGCUGCGUGACUGAGAAGAGAAUGGAGGAGGAGGAAAUAGAGUCGCAACGGGCAGAGUGGCGCGCUGCAGCGAGCAUUGUGGAUCGUUUCUUCUUCUUGCUGUCCCUUGCUAUCAUCAUUGUUUCUUCAAUUGUAGUUCUAGUGUGCAUGCCUAUGUCGAAGAAGGAUAUCACCAGUAUAGAUUAAUAUGUUUUGAAAAGGACGAAGAAUUAUAAAGGCAAGCUAUUUAAAAGGAUAAUGUAACAUGAAGUGUGUUAAACAUACGCAUGUGCAAGAUAUUGCAUUUAAACGAGGGUGAGGGGAAAAGUCUAUGUUGUCAUGAUAGCAGCUAAACAAGAACUUUGAGUGUAUACCCCAUUUUUUAAUAUUAACUAUUAAUUGACAGAAUAAAAAGUAAAGAGUUUGGUAUGAUAACUUUAAUUCUGAUGUAAAAGUAACGUUUCGUAAUAAUAAAAAAACCUUGUAGAGCCACGUUA